AUGAGUGUAGUCAAACAAGUACGUUUCGGUAACACAGGGAUGAAGAUCUCUCCCUUCAUUGUUGGGUGUAUGUCGUAUGGUGACCGGAAACGAAUCCCCUGGGUCAUAGAGGACGAGGAGAAAGUUUUUGAGAUUUUGAAGUACUGUUACGACCACGGUGUCAGGACUUUCGACACCGCUAAUGUUUAUAGUAACGGGGUCAGCGAAAGGUUGCUCGGUAAAUUUUUGAAGAAGUACAAUAUCAACAGAGAAACGGUUGUCAUCCUGACAAAAGUCUACUUCCCAGUGGAUGAAUCUUUGGAGCCCUUCAAAAUAGGCGGUGAAAAUGAUCCAUUGACUGAUGUCACACUUUCAAACCAGAGAGGGUUGUCAAGAAAGAACAUCCUUGCCAGUGUGGACAAAUCUGUUGAAAGAUUGGGCACGUACAUUGAUGUUUUGCAAAUCCACAGAUUGGAUCAUGAAUGUACCGGGAAGGAGAUUAUGAAGGCAUUGAACGAUGUUGUCGAAUCAAACAAGGUUAGGUACGUCGGUGCUUCCACAAUGUUGGCAACCGAAUUUGUUGAACUUCAGAUGAUCGCUGAAAAGUACGAUUGGUUCCAAUUUGUUAGCUCCCAAACUGAAUACAGCUUGCUGUUCAGGGAAGACGAAAGGGAGCUCCUUUCUUACACAAAGCGGAACAACAUUGCUGUUCUUCCAUGGUCGCCCAAUGCAGGUGGGUAUUUGUGUAGGCCGUUAGACGCGGCCACAGAAAGAAGUAACUCUAACACAUACAAAACAGAAAUCACAGAAGGUGACAAAAUCACUAUUAAGAGAGUCGAGGAGAUUGCGAAAAAGAAAAGCGUGUCAAUGGCUAUGAUUUCUGAAGCCUGGGUGAUGAGCAAGGGCUAUAAUCCUAUCAUUGGGUUCAGUUCUGUUGAGAGAGUGAAGGAAGCGAUCGAAGCCACCAAAAUUGAGUUGACUGAAGAAGAAAUCAAUUAUCUGGAAGAACCAUACCAGCCAAAAAAAUACUUCAUUGUUAAUUGA